CGUCGUCGUCUUCGCCCCCCUGGGAUCGAAAUUUCUCGUCUCCAACAAAGGCACGCAGUCUCCGAUGCCGCCCGCUCCCUCAAAAUCCCGCGGAAACGUCCAACUGUGGCUCUGCUGAUCGGAACCCUUCGCUUUAAUCCAUAGGGGAACACUCCCAACAAAAGCCAUACUUUUUCCGAAAGUUCAGAAAGUCAUUCGGCGAUGGAUGACAUGAAAGAUAAAGUUAAAGGGUUCAUGAAGAAAGUCAACAAUCCCUUUUCCUCUUCUUCUUCCGGCAAGUUCAAGGGCCAAGGCCGGGUCUUGGGCUCCGCUUCUUCUUCUUCGUCGGAGCCCACCAAUCCCUUCAACUACCGCCCUUCAACGGCCCCCUCUCCGAGGCCGAACCCUUCCCCUGCUCCUCCCUCAGCUAAUUCCACUAAGGCCGCUCAGCCCCGGAAGCCCGACGUUCCCGAUCGGCCGAAACCCGAGUCUCCCAAGAAUCGGGAACCCGGUCAGAAGCCUGCAGAUGGGUUCGAUCCUUUCGACUCUCUCAUUACUUCCGGGAAGAGAUCCCAGAACGGGUACUCCCUGAAUCUGGUCGAGUGCCCGAUUUGCAACCAGACGUUCAAGUCCGAGGAAGAGGUCUCCGAGCAUGUGGACCACUGCGUUGGCAGCGGUUCAGCCGAGAACACUAGUGAAAUCGGCGGUAUUCGGGGGCCGUCCAGUGGUGAUUCGGAUGGGGGGAGUCAAUUGGAGGAACGAGUCGGCGUGUACCUGUCUGCGAAGCUGCCGGAGAGUUCGGUGGAGAUCCUGAUUAAGUUGCUCAGGAACAUAGUGAGGGAACCCGGCAAUGCGAAGUUCAGGAGGAUAAGGAUGGGAAAUCCGAAAAUUCGGGAGGCAGUCGGGGAGGUUGCAGGAGGAGUUGAGCUGUUGGAGUUUGUCGGUUUCGAGUUGAAAGAAGAGGACGGCGAGAUGUGGGCCGUGAUGGAGGUUCCAGGAGAGGAGGGCUUGGGUUUGAUCAGAAAGGCAGUGGCCUUACUGGAGCCGAAGAAGAUAGGAGUAGAAGAAGGCAAGAAAAUCGUAGAUGUAGCUUCUUCCAAGGUUGCUAAUGAAGUAGCGGAACCCAAGAAGAUUGAUAGGCAGGUUCGGGUGUAUUUUUCUGUUCCCGAAAGCGUAGCUGCGAGAAUAGAGUUGCCGGAUUCUUUUUAUAAUCUCUCAGCGGAAGAGGUGAGAAGAGAAGCCGAAAUGAGGAGGAAGAAAAAUGCAGAAUCCCAACUUCUGAUUCCUAAGUCCUUUAAGGAAAAGCAGGCAAAGGCUGCUCGGAAGAGGUAUAACAGAACAGUUAUUCGGAUUCAAUUCCCUGAUGGGGUAGUACUUCAGGGUAUCUUUGCUCCUUGGGAGUCAACUGGUUCUCUAUACGAGUUCGUGAGUUCAGCACUGAAAGAACCGAGCCUCGAGUUUGAGCUGUUGAAUCCUGUGGGGUUCAAACGGCGUGUGGUCCCACACUCACCUGCCCCUGGAGAGAAAGCCUCGACCCUUGAGGAUGAAGAUUUGGUCCCUUCUGCACUCAUCAAGUUCAAGCCCAUCGAAACUGAUUCUGUUGUCUUCACCGGGCUCGUCAAUGAGCUUCUCGAGAUCAGCGAACCGCUUCAAUGAUUUGCUCAUUGUGUUGUCUUACUCGUUGUGGGGGUUUUAGAUGGUGUUUGUUGUCCAAUUUGUUUCCGAUAUAUCAAGCCUUGAGAAAAGUUGUGUACAAUAGUUCGUGGGUUUUCAUAACUGUACAUUCGGUCCUAUCCAGAAGCUCUCACGUCUCCACCCACAAUUUGUAGAAUGUAACAUGCAUUUUCUUGGAGGUUUCAUUCAUUGAUAUUGUUGUGAAUUUGUGUUUGGUUGUAAAGGAGAUCAUCUGCAGUCGAAGGAAAAAGGUCGGUGAGGGUGGUAGUGGUGGCUUCCCAAAUUCGCGUC